AGCGGUCUAUGCAAACUCACCCUCCAGGUCUAGUAUAUAACAUUAAACCUUACCACUAAGUAUCAUCUGUUGAAGAUCACAGUCCCUUUCCCGGGAGGGGAGCUUUAACAACAUGGGCGCUCUACUCUCUCUGCCACUUUUGGCGGUGCCAAGUGCCAGUACCGUACGUGCAUUUCCAUUGCUACCUGAUCGGACCUCAACUGAUAUCAACCCAGCUUAUAACGCUUGCAACUUCAUGUUGCGGGGCUGCAACUUGCUCGGCAGUAUGUAGUGCGUGCGGCAAGUUUCAAAAUAGGUAAGUAUUCUUUUGUCUCGCUGAGUGUAUGAUCAGCCACUGACAUUCGGGGCCCUCGGAUUUCCAGUAUGGCUACGAGAAUCGCCUACGCCUUCAUCCUUCUGAUCAAUUCAAUCGUUUCGUGGAUAAUGCUCACACCAUGGGCGCUCAAGAAGCUACAAAAUCUGACUUUGGACUAUAUGGAAAUCACUUGCGACGGCAAAGAAUGCCAUGGUUGGGUGGCGGUCCACCGUAUUAACUUCGGUCUCGGUCUCUUUCACCUGGUUCUUGCGCUGUUCCUGUUGGGGGUGAGGUCAUCUAAAGAUGGCCGUGCGGCCCUUCAGAAUGGCUUCUGGGGCCCAAAAAUCAUCCUCUGGAUCGCCUUCGUGGUCGUGUCAUUCUUUAUUCCGCAGUCAUUCUUUUUCGUCUAUGGCCGUUACAUCGCCUUUAUUUGCGCUAUGCUCUUCCUGCUGCUGGGUCUUAUCCUUCUGGUAGAUCUGGCGCACUCCUGGGCUGAGAUCUGUCUGCAGAAGAUUGAGGAUAGCGACUCCCGAAUUUGGCGCGGGCUGCUCAUUGGUUCAACUAUUGGCAUGUACAUCGCAUCGAUCUUGAUGACCGUCCUUAUGUAUGUUUUCUUCGCCGGCAGUGGAUGCGCCAUGAACCAAGCCGCGAUUACGGUUAACCUCGUUGUUUUCUUGAUCAUUUCCUUCGUGUCCAUUCAGCCUAUCGUGCAAGAAUCCAAUCCGCGAGCGGGUCUGGCUCAAGCAGCCAUGGUGACUGUCUAUUGCACGUAUCUGACUAUGUCGGCUGUUUCAAUGGAACCAGAUGACCGCCAGUGCAAUCCUUUAGUGCGCGCUCGCGGGACGAGAACGGCCAGUAUUGUUUUGGGAGCCAUUCUUACCAUGGCUACCAUCGCAUACACGACAACACGUGCAGCCACUCAGGGCCUUGCGUUGGGAUCCAAGGGCGGCCAUAACUAUUCGCCGCUGGGGACGGAUGACAACGAACAUGGUCUUGUGACCCAACAGCCGACCAGUCGUCGCGAGAUGCGGGCCGAAGUUCUUCGUGCUGCCGUGGCUAGUGGCAGUUUACCCGCUAGUGCACUCGACGACGACAGCGACGAUGAAUCCGAUGACUAUAACACUAAGGACGAUGAACGAGGGUCGACGCAGUAUAACUACUCCUUGUUUCACGUGAUUUUCUUCUUGGCUACGACCUGGGUGGCCACACUUCUCACUCAGCGCUUGGAAACCGAAGCCGAGAGUACAGAUGACUUUGCUGCUGUGGGGCGGACUUACUGGGCCAGCUGGGUGAAGAUCAUCAGCGCCUGGGUUUGCUACGCGAUUUACCUGUGGACGCUGAUUGCCCCGGUGGUUAUGCCUGAUCGAUUCGGCGUGUACUGAAAUUGUUGCACACCGUCACUUUGAAUUGUGUUGACUAUACAGCGGAGUUGGGCGUUCACUAGCAAUGAGAGUUAUUCCAAUAUCCACGGUGCAUCUUUCUUCCUGAGUUAUUAUAUAGUUUACUGCAUGGGGUUGUAGCUAUGAUGAAUGAGACUGUAUUAUCUACUAUUAUAUAUGGGAACUGCACUUUUGGCGAACCACGGAAGAAUGCAAUGUAUAGUCUGAAAUUCACGUCUACUCGAUGUACAGCCGUUUCUCUACCCCUAUCAGUCUGAGUAAUCCGAGUAACCUGAGUAGAUCUAGG